CGGACACAAACCACCAUGAAGGCUUUCAUUCUUCUGGCUCUCUUCGCUGUGGCAUUUGCCGCUCCCAUUGAGGAUGAGGAUGACAAGAUCGUUGGAGGCUAUGAGUGCAGGAAGCACUCUGUGGCCUACCAGGCUUCUCUGAACUCUGGCUACCACUUCUGUGGAGGCUCCCUGAUCUCCAGCACCUGGGUGGUGUCUGCUGCUCACUGCUACAAGUCUCGCAUCCAGGUCCGUCUUGGUGAGCACAACAUUGCCGUCAAUGAGGGCACUGAGCAGUUCAUCAACUCUGCUAAGGUGAUCCGUCACCCCAGAUACAGCAGCCGUAACCUGGACAAUGACAUCAUGCUGAUCAAGUUGAGCAAGCCCGCCACCCUGAACAGCUACGUCCGCACCGUGUCCCUGCCCUCCAGCUGUGCUGGUGCUGGAACCCGCUGUCUGAUCUCUGGAUGGGGAAACACCAGGUCCUCUGGAAGCAGCUACCCUGAUCGUCUGAUGUGCCUGGAUGCCCCCAUCCUGAGCGACAGCACCUGCAAGAACUCCUACCCUGGACAGAUCACCUCCAACAUGUUCUGUGCUGGAUUCAUCGAGGGAGGCAAGGACUCCUGCCAGGGUGACUCUGGUGGCCCCGUGGUGUGCAAUGGUCAGCUGCAGGGUGUGGUGUCCUGGGGUUAUGGCUGUGCCCAGAGGAACAAGCCUGGAGUCUACGCCAAGGUCUGCAACUACAACUCCUGGAUUCGCAGCACCAUGUCCUCCAACUAAAUGGUUGAUCUUCUAAAUGUGCAGCGCGUCAUAUGUGUCAAGCCAGUGAAAGCUGUGCAUUAAAAUGUUUACAACAUAGUGUCUUAUAACACACAGUACACUUUGUGAAUUUGAGUUGGGUGUAAUAAAAAUAUUUUUAAAACA